UCGAUAAUACCGAAUUCGGUCUUCGUGAGUUUCAUUGUUGAUCACAACACGUUUUUUCGUACAUAACCUCGAGGCCCGUCCCGCAGUUUGUUGUUCGACCUGCAACUUUUUUUUAAACGCAUCAAAGUCCAGAAACAUGCCUGAAUUAACGGAAAUCGAUGCGACGAAAAAGGUAAGCUUCGAGGAGCCCAAGAAGGACGCUGCAGACAGUGACAGCGAUUCGAGUGGCGUAGAUGUUGCUACCGGCAAAGGUGGUGAGGGAGCUAGCGGUGUCACCGCUGAAGACUUGUCCAACAAGGCCAGACAGUCGAGAGGCGAGAAGAAAGCCAGGAAAAUCAUAUCCAAACUUGGUCUCAAGCAGAUUCACGGAGUCAAUCGAGUGACUAUUCGCAAGUCCAAAAAUAUUUUGUUCGUCAUUAACAAUCCCGAUGUAUUCAAGAACCCAGCAUCCGACACUUACAUUGUGUUUGGUGAGGCUAAGAUCGAAGAUUUGAGCCAGCAAGCCCAAGUUGCAGCUGCUGAGAAAUUCAAGUCUGCAGAUAUGAUGCCAAGUGUAUUGGACAAAGAUGGUGCAUCCAGGCCAAUGGUCAGCCAGCCUAUCCAUGAAGAAGAAGAAGAAGAAGGCGAGAUUGAUUACAAGGGAGUAGAAGAAAAGGAUGUGGACCUAGUUUGUGCGCAAGCACAAGUAACCAAACGCAAGGCUAUUGAAGCGUUACUUAAAAACAACAACGACAUUGUCAAUGCUAUUAUGGACUUGACAAUGUAAAACUUAGAUAUAUAUAUAACGUUUUAAGGGAGAGAAUUAUCAUUGUUUAUACUUUUAGACUGAUAAUGAAAUCCAAUAAUAAAUAAGCACAUUUACUACAUGACCUUCUGUAAAAUUGAUUAUUUCCUUCACGUUAUUUGUAUAUAUACUAUUUUUUGGUUCAAUACAAAACUUUCUCUGGCUACGA